GCCUGCAGCACUACCCACUGUUCGGCCGGCUUCGUGGGAUUCUCCGUCUUCGUUUGCUUAGGUAGGCAAAAUUCCAAAAUUCCAGUUCUUCAGCUGACCAACUCCUCUUCGUGAAUGGUGGAGCAACUGGUCGAAGUUAGAAAUGUUUGGAUUCAUUCAUGACUUCAAUUUCAAGUAGUGAUUUGAUGAUGUGCUUCACUGCUACAAUGUUUUCCAGUUUGUGCAUUUGCCAACAGUGAGAUUGAACAGUGAGAUAAUUAAACAUUCGGGAGGACUCGGCUUAUAAUAGUCUUCCGCCAUGGCUGUCGAAGAAGAUGUUGCGCAGGAGUACGUGCCGCAGCAGAAGAAGAAAGAACCUUCUGAGCUAGAGAAGCGGAGAAAGAAAAUUGAACCUGGAAGCUUAAUGAAGGCUGAAAUGAGGCCAGGAGGCGGUGAUGUUAGACCAUCCGAGGGUGAUCAGGCCAUAUAUCACUGCACAGUCAGAACUUUGGAUGGAGUAGUUGUCGAGUCUACUAGAUCAGAUAAUGGGGGGAAGGGCAUUCCGCUGCGGCAUGUUUUGGGGAAAAGCAAGAUGCUGAUAGGAGUCAUUGAGGGACUUACCACAAUGCUGAAGGGUGAAGUUGCUAUGUUUAAAAUGAAGCCAUCAAUCCACUAUGGCGAGGCUGAUUGCCCAAUCUUACCACCAAGUGGAUUCCCGAAAGAUGAUGAACUUCAUUUUGAGAUCGAAAUGAUAGAAUUCUCAAAAGUGAAGGUAGUCAGCGAAGAUUUGGGGAUUAUAAAGAAGGUGAUAGAUGAUGGUCAAGGUUGGGAGUCUCCUAGGGAACCAUAUGAAGUAAAAGCCAGGAUUUCAGCUAAAACUGGUGAUGGGAAAGUUAUUCUGGCCCACACACAUGGGGAACCAUAUUUCUUUACUUUCGGGAAAUUUGAGGUACCUAAAGGUCUUGAGAUGGGAAUGGGAACAAUGGCACGAGAAGAAAAGGCUAUAAUAUAUGUUACUGGCCAAUACUUAACUCAGUCUCCUCUCCUAUCUACAAUUGAAGGUUUGGAUGAAGUUCAUUUUGAAGUGGAGCUUGUUCAUUUCAUUCAGGUGCGAGAUAUGCUUGGAGAUGGGCGUCUAAUAAAACGUAGAAUUCGUGAUGGGAAGGGUGAGUUUCCCAUGGAUUGCCCUCUUCAUGACAGUGUGCUGCGGGUUCAUUACAAGGCCAUGCUUCUAAAUGACAAAAAGACAGUCUUCUACGAUACAAGAGUCAACAAUGCGGGGCAGCCUUUGGAGUUCAGUUCUGGGGAAGGUCUAGUUCCUGAAGGAUUUGAAAUGUCUGUCCGCCUGAUGCUUCCAGGAGAGCUGGCUUUGGUAACAUGUCCUCCUGAUUAUGCAUAUGACAAAUUUCCAAGGCCAACCGAUGUUCCUGAAGGUGCUCAUGUCCAAUGGGAGAUUGAGCUUCUUGGUUUUGAGAUGCCACAGGACUGGACUGGCAUGGAUUUCCAGAGUAUAAUGGACGAUGCUGAAAAGAUAAGAAGCAUAGGGAACAGGUUGUUCAAAGAAGGAAAGUUUGAACUAGCGAAAGCCAAGUACGAGAAGGUACUGAGGGAGUUUAACCAUGUCAAUCCACAAGAUGAUGAGGAAGGGAAGGUUUUUCUGAACACGCGGAAUUUGUUACACUUAAAUGUGGCCGCUUGCUACCUGAAAAUGAAGGAAUGUAGAAAAUCUAUUGAGGCAUGCAACAAGGUUUUGGAUGCAAGUCCUGCACAUGCAAAGGCUCUAUACCGCCGAGGAAUGGCAUACAUGGAAGCUGGCGAUUUUGAUGAAGCAAAGAACGACUUUGUAAUGAUGGCAAAAGUGGACAAGUCAUCCGAGUCCGAUUCAAAAGCUGCUCUUCUGAAACUAAAGCAAACAAAGCAGGAAGUUGAUCGGAGAGCACGAAAAUAAUUCAAAGGGCUCUUUGACAAGAAGCCUGGAGAGAUAGCUGAGGUUGGGCCAGAAGAUAAAGCAAAGGAGGAAAGCACAUCCGAAGAAAAGCACAAGGACAAUGAGGAUGUCAAGUUGGGGUCGGAUGACGGGAUCGAGGAAGAGCCAUUGCUGGAAGAUGCUGUGGAUGAACCAAGGCCUGGCCUUUUGUAUCGCUUGUGGCCAACAGGGGGAAGGCUGUUCUCUGCCCUGGGGCUCCAACGAUGUACCAUCUUGUGAAACCUCUAAAGCUUGGCUUAUGGCUCCCACAUUCCUGGUUGUGGAAUAGAGGUCACCUUCUAACUUGUACCCUUAAACAGAUAGAGAUAAUAAUAGUAGUUCAAGAGCAGACAAGUCUGAUUUACAAUAAUAGUAGGUUACCUUCUAACUUGUGAUAUAUACAAUUAUUAACAGCGGAUGCUCGACUGCAUGUUACGCGACAAAUAGACAAGUCAACACAAUAUAUGGAGCAGGACCAACAUUGCUUUGGGUUCGAUUUGGUCUUGUCUAAAUGUCAUUUUUGUUCAUUUUUGUAAGAUAAAAAAUUUGUAAAAAAUCAAAUAAUAUUAUAUCCAGCUCAGUUCAAGUGUUGGUUUGGUGCGUAAAUUCUGGUACAAAUCAAAUCAUUGCACACCCCUACAUGACUAUAUGAAAUAAUACAUAUAUUUGAAUUUUAACAUCCCUUAUCGUAACAAAAUUUUAGUUUAUCA